UGAAAUCCUGUAAGACCAGCACCGUGUCUGUGACGAGCAGACCACGCGCAAGCCCCCCGCAGUGCCCAGUUAACUCAGGAAGGAUUUGGUGAUAGCACCACCGGUGUGUGGCCCAAGCAACGACUAAUGCAGACGUCUUGUGGCUAUGGGCGGGAAACAGUCUCACGGCUUCUCCAACAAGGAGCUAAGCGAGGUGAGUGUGAGCCAAGGAGGCCGGAGGAGCACCAGUAGCGACCAGACCAGCCUUUCCUCGGCCGCAGAGAGAAUCCGCAGACACGCUACGGUGCAUUUUGGCUACAGCACCCUGAGCCUGGCUAUGCGCGGGCUUGAUGAUGCCCCGGCCGAGUUGUGGGAGCUGCGUGAGCUGCAGAAGCUCAACCUGUCCAUGAACUGCCUGUGCUCGCUGCCACCAGCCUUGAGUGCGAUGGACAACCUAGUGGUGCUCAACCUGUGGGGCAACAACCUGAGCAGCCUGCCACCCGAGAUCGGCCUGCUGAAGAAGCUGCGUGUGCUCUUCGCCUGCCGCAACCGCCUCAGCGAGGUUCCCGAGGAGCUGGGCUCCUGCACCUGCCUGGAAGUGCUUAGCCUGGCCAACAAUCAGAUUAGCAGCCUGCCCGGCAGUUUGGCGACCAUGCGCAACCUGACCAAGCUUAACCUGAGCCACAACCGCAUCGCCCACAUCCCUACUUGCGUCUACAGCAUGAAGGGCCUGGUCUUCCUCCACCUGGCCUGCAACCGCCUGGAGACCAUCGCCGACCAGAUCCAGGACCUGGUAAACCUCAAGAUCCUCAUCGUGGAGGGGAACAGUAUCCACACCCUGCCCAAGACACUCUGCUUCCUGGAGUCCUUAGAACUCCUCAAUGUAGACUUCAACGAACUGCAGAGCGUGCCAGUGGAGAUGUACCUGCUGAUCCGGCUCAGGAGGCUGGCCUGCCAUCCUCUGGACAAGGGGCUCCAUAUCAUACAUAACCCCCUGCUCAAGCCCAUUCACGAGGUUUUGCAAGGAGGACUCAGCUCCCUGUAUAACUACCUCAAACAAAUACCCGGCCCACCACGGAUUCCACAGUCACUGUUACAUCACAGGGCAUUUUUUAGGCACACAAAUAGAUUUAAAGUGUCGUUGGCUGUAAAUAAACAACUACAAACCGCCAACACGCGCGCUAUGCCGAACGCGCGUGUGAGCGUAAUCCGCAGUUAAGGGUUAAAAGGAGGCGACAAAAUUUUACAAGUCCACAUUUGGAGGCUGAUUAGUGGCGAGUGGUUGGUGCAGAGGUGGAUAGCAGACAUGGUUUGUUGCAUUCAGGUCACGGGGAUCAGGCAGUGGAAAGAACAGUAGAGCAGAAGGGGAAAACUUAUGCAACAAGGAGCUGACAAGAAAUACCUCCAGUGUGAGAUGCAUUACUGAAGGAUUUCUAAAGGUCCAUAAUGGAAUUGUCAGUGACACAUUUGUGCUGGGAAGUUAAUUAUGAAUAAGUAGUAAAAUGCUCAAAUAAAACAGGAGGCUAAUCAUCACAUUGUGAGAUUUGAAUUAAGUUUUUUUUUUUUUUUACCAUUUUGUUUGAAGGAUUAAAGCAAAAUAAAAAAUAAAAAUUACUCAUCUGGUUAUUUCAUGUCACUAUCCAGUUUUUUGUUGUUGCAACAAAUGUGUCCAUUGAGGUUCUGAUUUCAUUCACUUGAAUGUUUGCUUGUAAUAUUAUUGCUUUAUUUAUUUCUGUAAAUAUUUUAUCACCAUUGUAAUAGUUUCGAGAACACGAUCAACUGUAAACUUUC